AGCGUGGAGCUGGUGGGCGACGUGCAGAAGGCGAUCCUGCAGCUUCAAGCAGAGUGUGAAAGACUGCAUGAAACCACCCAGUGUCUGCACGAGGACAACAGGCAGAAACAGAGCCACAUAGAGGAACUGUACAAGACGACGGAGGAGCUGGAGGAGAAGAAGGCCGACAAGCAGAUGGUUGAGAGUGAAAUAAAAGCAGAUAAAUCUGCUCUGGACAGCAAAGUGAGCCGUCUGCAGUUUGACUCUGUGACGGAGCAGCUCAACGCCAUGUUCCACGAGCUGCUCAACAAGGUGACGGGCCAGGAGCAGGACUGGCAGAAGGUCAUCGACAGACUGUCCACGGAGAUGGAGUGCAAGUUGAACAGGAUCGAGUUGGACUCUGUGAAGAAGCAGCUGGAAGGUCGCUGGAAGAAUAUCCACGAGAAGCUGCAGGCUCAGGGACCUCCGGAGCAGGACGACGCUGCUGGGUUGAGAAAACAGCUCGUAGACAGAUUUCACUGCCUCUCCUGCGACCGACCUGUCGUCAAGUACACGCCCGGACCUAACAGUAAUUUGGUGAGGCUUCCUUCCACUCCUGGGUUCCCCGCACACAAGUCCAUCAGGCCGUUCACUGUUUACGCUCUGGAGCAGUUUCGACAGCACUACAAGAGCCUGAAACCAGGAACCAACCGCUACAACUUUGAUGUAGCUAACUGUGUCAGGAGACGGCAGCUGCUUCAGAGGAGCCACGCCGCCAUGUGCCGGCAGAUAGAGAGCGUGCAGAGGAGUCUGAAACCCAACGAGGCCACGAGUGACAGCCAGAGCCAGAACCA